UUGAAAGCUUUCAGCAAAUUCUUGUUAUCAACUUAUCAUGAAAACUACAAAUUCAUCAAUAUUCAAGACAUUGAAAAAGCGGUCCCUGAUGAGAUGUUCAAAGCAAAUUCGGGAGCAAAAGGCGCCACUUUAUAUCAUAUGGUUCAACACAUUGAAAAAGCGGUCCCAGAUGAGAUGUUCAAAGCAAAUUCGGGAGCAAAAGGCGCGACUUUAUAUCAUAUGGAAGUGUACCAUGUUUCUUAUUCGCUCACAUGAUUAACAAUUAUGAAUGAUCACAAUGAACUUUCAAAUGUUUAGCUUUGCUCUUGAUCUUUAUAGUUUUUUGCAAAAGGCGACUUUAUAUCAUAUGGAAGUGUACCAUGUUUCUUAUUCGCUCACAUGAUUAACAAUUAUGAAUGAUCAUAGUGAACUUUCAAAUGUUUAGCUUUGCUCUUGAACUUUAUAUGUUUUUCUUUUGGAUAUG